AUGUGGAGGGCAGUUCGCAGAUUUGCAAGCCAAACUAGAGAAAGAAUCGAAUGCGAUGCUUUGAUUAUAGGAGCAGGGCCUGCUGGACUUAGCGCUGCUAUAAAGCUAAAGCAGUUAAAUCCAAACUACGAAGUCUGUGUUGUUGAAAAAGCUGCAGAAGUUGGUGCUCAUACUGUAUCUGGAAAUUGUUUUGAAACCAAAGCUUUAGAUGAGCUAAUCCCAAAUUGGCGUGAAUUGGAUACCCCAAUCAAAACUCCAGUUACUACUAACAAAUUUUGUGUCUUGACCGAAAAGCAUUCAAUUGAUGUUCCACAUUUUUUAAUCCCUGGAUUUUUGCACAACGCUGGAAAUUAUGUAAUUUCCCUAAGCGAGCUAGUCAGAUGGCUUGGAAAAUAUGCAGAAGACUUAGGCGUGCAGAUUUAUCCAGGUUUCCCAGCUAAUGAGCUAUUGGUUAGUCCAAAUGGACACAUUGAAGGAAUAAUUACGAGGGAUUUUGGCAUAGGAAAAGAUGGAAAGCCAAGAGAAGACUUCCAACCAGGCGUCGAAAUUAAAGCAAAACAAAGUUUAUUUGCUGAAGGAUGCAGAGGAAGCCUAAGUGAAGAACUAAUCAAAAAAUUCGAUCUUAGAAAUUUCAAUGAUGGAGAAAGACAAGUGAUGAACCAAAUUUAUGGAAUUGGAAUCAAAGAAGUUUGGAAAAUUGACCCGUCAAAAUCAAAGCCAGGAUUUGUGCAGCACACAAUAGGAUGGCCUACUGAUUCUACCACCAUUUGUGGUGGCUUUUUAUAUCACCAGCUUCAAGAUAUCGUUCAUGUCGGGCUUGUUUUUGGAUUGGAUUACAAGAAUCCUUAUAUUUCUCCAUUUAAAGAGCUCCAAAGAUAUAAAACUCACCCAGACAUCAGAAAACACCUUGAAGGUGGUGAAUGUUUAUCAUAUGGUGCGAGAGCCCUGAAUGAAGGUGGGUAUUACUCUGUGCCAAAACUAACAUUUCCAGGUGGGAUGCUUCUUGGUUGCUCAGCUGGAUUCAUGAAUACAGCAAAAAUCAAAGGAACUCAUACAGCUAUGAAGUCUGGUAUUCUAGCAGCAGAAACAGUUCAUGAAGCACUUGACCAUGGGGAUGCGGAAGGAAAGGAGCUAUUCAAAUAUUAUCAUAAAUAUAGGAACUCCUGGCUAUGGAAAGAGCUUUAUGAUGUGAGAAAUGUCAGAGAAGGGUUUUCUCAAAAUAUUUGGUGGGGAUCAGUGCAAGCUUGGCUUAGCAAUUCAGUUUUUGGAGGAAAUAGAGUCGCAUUAACAGCAAAGAAAAAUCCUGAAAAUGAUUCAGCUGCCACACAUUUUGCAAGAGAUUUUAAGCCUAUAGAUUAUCCAAAACCUGAUGGUAAAUUAACAUUUGAUUUAUUAACCCAAGUCUCAAAAACAGGUACCAAUCAUCAUGAAGAUCAGCCUUGCCAUUUAAAGAUUAAGCCAGGUAUGGAUGGAAAACCAGAUUUAUCACUCAAAUAUUAUGCAGGGAUUGAACAAAAUUUCUGCCCUGCAGGUGUCUAUGAAUAUAUUGGGACGAGUUUUUUCGGAAUGCAAAAAGAGUAAAUACUUGCAAAUUAAAAAAAUUAAGCAUGAUAUACAAGUUUUUCUUAUUUUUGCAUUAAAUUUAAAUCAGAUAUAUUUAUUUUAUGUCAAAAAUAGGAUAUUUAAAUGUAUAAAUCUGCUAGGGCAAAUUGAUUUAGUGCAAUCAAUGCUAGAUUAUGAGUUUAUGACUAAUAAUUAUUAUUGAAGCAAUUUAUUUCCGUUUAUGUAUUUUAUAAUCGAAUUUAUUUUAAUUCGUGCUUAAAACGAUAAAUUAAACCAAUUCCAUCAUAUUUAUCUAUUAACUUCUUGUUUAUUAUAUAAAUGUUUUACCAUAUAAAUUUCUGUAUAUAUAAGGGAUAUGGAUUUAAAGUAUUUUAAAAAUAUUAAAAAAUAUGACCAAGUAGCUAUAAAUCGCGUUAUAUUAGCUCAUGAACGAUUAUAAAACAAAAGCAUUAUCUUUCUCAUUAAAAUGAUAUUAGUAAUUUUUAGAUAAAAAAUUAGGGAGCUGAAAAUUUUCCUCAUUAUUUUCACAAAGUUUACUUAAAAUGCGAAAUAUAUUUGAAAUAGCAAAGAGAUUUUAUUUUAGUUUUAAUGUUUAUAAAACUCUUAUUAAUGCUUCUCUAUCUUCAAUCAUUGAUUUAUACUUUUGGCAUGAAUUAAUCUAUAGCAGUACAAGAUUAUUUAAGAAGCAAUAUAAAUUGCACUAGCUCCCUCCGUGAGCAAACAAAACCAUUUAAAAAAUCCCUAUUUUUGCCCAAAAAACCACUUCCCGUUAGAGAACAAAAAAGUUUUUCUUUCUUUGCUAAUUCGGCUAAUUUUCAUAUAUCAGAGACCUGUGUCUCUACUUUAUCUGCACAAAUUAUAUGAUCAUCUUCAAUUUUUUCUAUUUUAUUGUUAUUUUUUUUUAUUUUUGCUUUUUCAAAAAAACAUUUUGCCAUUUUUUUUGCACUUUCGCAAAUAGACUUUUUUUAAAAAAAAUUACUAUUUAUUUGCGAAUAUUUGAUCUUUUUUGCAAAUUUUCCUAAAAAAGUAUCCAAUAUAUUGAUAGCAAACUUCAUAUAAACUCUCAAAACUGCAUUCAUUGCAAGACAUGUGAUAUCAAAGCUGUAAGCAAUUUCAUCAAAUGGACAGUUCCAGAAGGAAAUGGAGGACCUUUCUAGUAAUUUCUAUUUAGCACCAAUAUGUAA